AAAAAUUGCAAUAAAUAUCAAAAUACUAAAAGAGGUUUUUCAUGAUUUAUCAAUCGUUUAUACUAGAUCGUUUAGUAGUUUUAUGCCUUAAAAUACUAAAUUCAGCCAUUGUGAUGGGAUUGUAUUAUGGAUUUCUGACUACAUUCUCCAUAGGGCCAUCUUAUCUCUUCCUUAUUCGAGCCCGGGUUAUGGACAAAGGGACCGAGACGGAAAUAACAGCAACAACCGGGUUUAUUACGGGACAACUUAUGAUGUUCAUAUCGAUCUAUUAUGCUCCUUUGCAUUUGGCUUUGAUUAGACCUCAUACAAUCAUUGUCCUAACUCUACCGUAUCUUUUCUUUAAUUUCGUAUACAAAAAAAACAAACACUAUUAUUCGGCGGAUUCUCACUUUUAUUUGGAUUUGGAUUACGGAUACAAGAAUCCAAAUUCAAUACGUAAAAAGAUAUGA